CAGACCAGGUACCGCCGUUAGCCCCAGCAGAACCCAGCCGGGGUCAGCACGGAGCCUGCGCUCAAGAACUUGGGGACCUUGGUUCGUCCUGCACUGGAGAGCGACUCCCAGGGGGACACCGGGUUAGCAUGACCGAGGUAGAACCCGUGCUGGACUUCGCCUCCUCCGGGAGAACCGGCCGCAGGAACGCCCUGCCCGACAUCCUGGGCUCGCCGGCCGGGGUCAACCCCUCUGACCUGCCCCUCAAGCUGGCAGAGAUGUCCCUGAGCGCAGGAAGCGCCCAGGAGCUGCAAUCCCCCUCGGCAGAGUGCCCCCCCCCGCAGCCCCCUAGCCCCGAGCUGAAGGACACGUCCUAACCCCGCUGCCAGAGGGGACAGUGCUAAGCAGCGGAGGGGACAGGAACCCGCGGAGCUUCAGCCCGUAGCCCGCCGCGUUUUUCCUCGGUGCUACCGCGGAGGGACCUUGGGUGUGGGGGGGUCACCCUCCAUCC